AUGAACUGCUUAUUAUCAAAGACCAAAGAAUUUGUGAAAUAUCAUUGCGUAAAUGAUGCUUUGGAUGCAACCACCACCAUUUACAACAAUUACGAUUCUCAAUUGCCAGCCAAGAAACUCAUUUCAAAUCAAGGGUACAAUGUGGGCAGUUUGUACACCAAGUCAACACCUUCCGUCUUUUCGUUUGUCUUUUGUAUGCUGUUGGUUAAUUUCUUGUUGGCAUUGACAAAGCCAUAG